GAGAAGUAGGGAACCGAGCCCUGCUGGGGCCGGCUCUGCCUGGCGACUGGUGAUGCUGCCCAGCCCCGGUGCUGACUGGCCCCUGGGCUGGGGGUGCCCAAUCCCCGGGGCCGUGGGCAGCGUCCCGGGGCUGGUGCUCGGAGCUGGACAGAGAAGGUCUCAGUCUGGGGGGUCCUGAGGAGUUUCCAGCUCUCUCCCUCCUGAGCAGCGAUGGGGGCGGGUCGGAUCCUGGGGGCCGGGAGCCGCUGGGCUGGGGCUCUGCUAGUGACAGUGACGGUGCUGAGAACCCACCUGGCUCAUUGCAUGGAGCCCCCAGGGCGGUUCCUGCACCAGUUCAAGGCUGAGUGUUUGUUCACCAACGGCACCGAGCGGGUCCGGUUCCUGUACCGGCACAUCUACGACCGGCGGCAGAUCGCGCACUUCGACAGCGAGCUGGGGGUGUUUGAGGCGGACACGGAGCUGGGGCGGCCCGACGCCGAGCUCUGGAACAGCCAGCCCGAGACACUGCAGUACUACCGGGCUGCGGCGGACACGUUCUGUCGGAACAACUACGGGGCGUACGGGCCUUUCACCAUCGACCGGAGAGUUCGACCCAAGGUGAAAGUUUCCCCCACAAAAUCGGGGUCCCAGCCCCACUCCCACCUGCUGGUUUGCUCCGUGACGGGGUUUUACCCCGGGGGGAUUGAGAUCAAGUGGCUGAAGAACGGGCAGGAGCAGACGGCCGGGGUGGUGUCCACAGAGCUGCUCCAGAACGGAGACUGGACCUUCCAGAUGCUGGUGAUGCUGGAGAUGAGCCCCGGGCGCGGGGACAUCUACACCUGCCAGGUGGAGCACAUCAGCCUGCAGGACCCCAUCGCCGUGCACUGGGAGGCGCAGUCUGACUCCGCCAGGAGCAAGAUGCUGACGGGGGUCGGGGGCUUCGUGCUGGGGCUGAUCUUCCUGGCGCCCGGACUCCUCAUCUACCUGAAGAAUAAGAAAGGGCGCCCUGUUCCCCAACCUGCAGGGCUCCUGAGUUAGAUCCAGGGUGUUGGAUCCCCCGUCCAGCAGGAGUUUUCGUCUGUCACUCCCAGCACCUCGCCCAUCCUGGAAAAUGCAGAACCUGGGGCCGGUCCCUUCCUGUCCCCGUCUGCUCCCUGCGCUCUGCCCAGCUCCAGUCUGCGCAGUCCCUGCGGGGACCCGUCCCUGCCCCUCAGUCCCUGCAGGGCCCUGGGGCGACCCUGUCCUGCUGUCUGGAGAGGCUCCCACCUGCCAACCUCAUCUAGUAACAGCCUAACUAGACUGUUAGGAGCCGGGGCACAAACCCCAAAUUGGCUGAGUUCUACACUUAGAUCUCACCAAGGUAUCAGGUGUGAACUCUGCAGGCCCUGUAACAACCGAGUCCUGGAGUCACAGUCCCCUGGGGUUCUCUGCUCUGUCUGGCCACCCCAGCCAGCCUGCCCUUGUGAUCCAUCGAUUGUCCCUUCCAGGGCCGGCUUUUGGCCAAUUCAAGCAAUUCCCCUGAAUUGGGCCCCGCCCCUAAGAGGGCCCCGUGCCCAAGCCCUGCUGGUGUGCUGUACCGGGGUGGCUCGGCUUCCCCAGGGGGCAAUUUAAAGGGCCUGGGGAUCCCAGCAGGGGCUGCAGCCUCAGGUCCUUUAAAUUGCCACCAGAGCCCCACUGCUGGAGCCCUGGGGUAGGGCUGUGGGGCUCUGGCGGCUAUUUUAAAAGUCGGGGGCUCCCGUUGUUUCUACCGCCCCGGCCCUUUAAAUAGCUGCUAGACUGACCGCUU